AUGGUGGUCGAUGCAAAAGGAGUGGAAGAAGCGUUUGGACGUUUCCAUGGCAGGAUUCAUAGGACACCAAUAAUGUCUUGUGAAAGCAUAAACAAAAUAGCUGGUUGCAACGUGUUCUUAAAAUGUGAGCACCUGCAAAAAACAGGCAGUUUCAAAGCGCGAGGUGCGUUGAAUGCUGUUCAAAAGCUCAAAGACACAAUGCAAGUAAAUGGAGUGGUCACCCAUUCUUCUGGUAACCAUGGUCAAGGUCUAGCUUGGGCUGCUGCCCAGACAUGUCUGCCGUGUCGAGUGGCAGUGCCGAAGAAUGCGCCACCGUCAAAAAUGGAAGCAAUGAAAGAAUAUGGAGCAGUUUUAGAAUUAUGCGAAUCGACAGUGAAGAGCAGAGAGGAAACUUGUGCACGUCUCGCAAAAGAGUUGGGUUACGGAGUCGUAGAGCCGUUUGACGACGAAAAUGUAAUCUGUGGCCAAGGUACGAUAGGAGCUGAGAUAAUCGAACAAGUCUCAAAACUUGAUGCAAUCUUCCUUGCUGUGGGCGGUGGAGGCAUGGCAAGUGGUGUCGCUGCUUAUGUAUCAGAAGUCCGACCAGAGUCAAAGGUUUUAAUUUUCACCUUCUGGAAAUAA